CAAAAAUCCUAUAAAAGUCACAAAUAAAGUUAUUUAAAUAUUAGUUAAGGGAGUACUAACUACAACACACAAACAGCUUUCUUUUAUUUUAAUUUCUAAUUGAAUUAAUUAAUUUAAAAAUAAGAUGAGUACAGAAAAUACAUCAAAAGAGUGCAUACGUGUUAUGCAAAAACUCUUAGAUAUAAUGAGAGCUGGGCCCGAAUUAGUUGUUUUUAUGGACAGAUUUCUUACUAAUAUUCAAAAAUGUGACAGGAGGGUGCUGAUGUGUGAUGCUGUCAACUCCCUCUUCACAGAAGAAUGCUUUUUCACAACGAAAAACUUGGAAUUGUUCAAAAAUAAUAUUAAAAUUAUUGCUCCACCUAAACUGAUACAAGAGAAGGAGGUUUCUUCAGACAGAAUCUCUUUUUAUCCUUUUAAAAUUUUGGGCUGCGGUGGAUUCAGUACUGUGCAUUUGGGUACAUUAAAAAAUGACAGCCAAAAUACAAAAAUAGCUGUAAAAAUAACAGAAAGUUCACUUAAUGAGUUCAUGUUGGAAAUAUCUGCGAUGUGUAAAUUAUCUCACCAAAAUAUAUUGCCAAUACUUGGAUAUAAUUUGGAAAAUAAGAUGAUUCUUACAGAAUACAUGGAAAAAGGAAGUCUACAUGAUGUUUGCUGUUUUAAGAAUGUGCCCACAACGAACCAUUUGUACAAGUACAUUUUUGAAGUAAUUCAAGGACUUCAGUUCAUCCAUGAUAAUAAGUUUAUCCACAGGGAUUUGUCAAUUCGAAAUGUAUUUGUCGAUGAAAAUAAUAGCUGCAAGAUUGGAGAUUUUGGAUUUGCUGUCCAUGUUGGAAAUGCAGGGCAGUUUAGGAGUCAGGGGUCAAGGCUAGAAACUUAUCAUUCUUCACCAGAAUCAUUUUAUGAACAAAAAUUUUCCUAUGCCAGUGAUAUUUUCAGUUUGGGAAUAUUAAUUUUGGAAAUUAUGCUAUCUCCUGCAAAAAUAACAAAUCCACUUUUGUUAAGAUUGCCAAAUGUGACAAUUCCCAAACCAAAACGAUGCCCGGACAACUUAUACAGAAUUAUACAAAGUUCUCUGGAUAUAAAUCCUCAAAGAAGACCCACUAUCAAAGAUUUUAAUGUACUUAUUAAGUCAUUGUUAGAAUAAUUAUGUAUAUUUUUCAUUUAUAAUUAUAUUUAUUUUAAUAAAAUAUAAAAAUGA